AUGACUGAAGCCUUUGAAAAAGCAGCAGAAGAAGCGAAGGUAUUGAAACAGAGACCAACCCGUGAAGAACUGAGUGACCUGUAUGGUUUAUACAAACAAGCCACAGCUGGAGAUGUUAACAUAGAUCGUCCAGGGAUGUUGGACAUCAUAGGAAAAGGAAAAUGGGAUGCGUGGAAUCAAAAGAAAGGUCUGUCCAAAGAAGAAGCAAUGGCCCUCUAUAUUGAGUUGGUGGAGAAGCUGAAGGGAAAAUAUGGAAUGUAGAGUUCAUUUCUCACAAAUACUUUAGUAUUUUC